AUGGAGGAGCCCGACGAGCCAUUCAGUUGCGACCAUGAUGUGAUAGAGAUUUCGAAGCGCAUGACACGAGGCAGUGAUGAGCUCAACUGGUAUAACGCAACGACUGCAUGUUAUGACGACAAGUACAAAGGCAAGCGACCAGCCGAUUUGAGAAAACAAAGAGCCGGUACUUUGACCGUGAAUCUUUUCCAACGGUUUCAUACGACAAUUGUGUGCGGUGCAAAAGCUACGCGUCUCCAAGACGGUCAAACCUGCGCCGUAUAUUCCGAGCCCCGUGCUCUUCUCUCCUUUUUCAUCGGAGGGGGAACGGAGAUUCCUCAUUUCGGUCUACGUCUUCGCCUAGAAGUGCAAAACUCCAAAACGCUGUACCGUGAAUUCACUAUGAUAUGGACUGCCUGGGACGACGAUGACUUUGAUUCCGAAAGAACCCCCACCUUCACCCCGUCUGAUGCAGAGAGAUUCACUUUUUCAGCAUCAUUGACAGAUGUGAAUCUCAAGAAGGUUAAGCUUGAUAAAAGCUCAGCAAAAGCAUGCAAUGGAAAGGACGGCGCGGAAGCUUUCCAGAUUCAAUGGACCUCUCACACUUUUCCGCAGAUGGUCUCGGGUUUCGAAAUACCGGACACCCAACUGGAACGGUUGUUCUCACCUGACCAAAUCCACGCAUUUCAGCGAUUUCGGAAUAUGCGCGCAAAGAGCAUCUCUAUCCGUGUCGUGACGCGGAUUCAACGUGAUGAGAUUCUACAGAACUGGUGUGGUAUGGCUGCUAUGCCUCGGCCGACAUUGCCCCGUACCCUUUUUACGCAUGUCGUUAUGUUAAACAGGCAAAAAUCUUUACAAUGA